CGCUUUGUGCUGCAAAAGAUAACGACGGAUGAAGACACACGGGCAGUAGGAAGGAUUUUUCAUUGGCGCGAAACGAAGGAUAGGCAGACGAAAGAGAUGAGCCAAUACGCCAACGUACCGCGGUCAGAGCUGGACGAGGGCCAGAUCCGGGAGCUGGAGGCAUACGAGAUCUCCCAAGGACCGCUCUCGGUACUGCAGCAGUCCGUACGCAACAACACGCAGAUCCUCAUCUCGCUACGAAACAACAAGAAGCUGCUGGCGCGGGUCAAGGCGUUUGACCGGCACAGCAACAUGGUACUGGAGAACGUCAAAGAGAUGUGGACCGAAAUUCCGAAAAACAAGAACAAAAAGCCUGUCAACAAGGACCGUUUCAUCUCCAAGAUGUUCCUCCGAGGGGACUCGGUGGUUCUUGUUCUACGGAAUACAGCAUGAAGUUUGCAUUCCCUCCCUCUUCCCUCCCUUCCGAACACCUCCAUGUAUAGUAGGACCUAUGUUGCAGUGACUUUCUGCAAGUAAUCUCUGGCGCUUGCGAGAACACGAAACAAGCGGUGACACAGGCCGGUAGCCAUUCCUUUCCGACGCUUUAGAAGAAAGACUGGUAUUCGUUCCUAUGAAACAGGCAGUGCUACGAUACAGAGCCGCACAUAAACAGCACGGCGUGCUCAGGGG